AGUGCGGGCGGAAGUGGGUUCCAGACCCUUUAGCGGAGCGGCCUGUGGAGUAAACAAAUACCGAGCGGCCGCUUGCCGCUGGUGCCAGAGGGUACAGGCCACCAUGAACCGGCUCCAGGAUGACUAUGACCCCUACGCAGUUGAAGAGCCUAGCGACGAGGAGCCAGCUUUGAGCAGUUCUGAAGAUGAAGUGGAUGUGCUUUUACAUGGAACUCCUGACCAAAAACGAAAACUCAUCAGAGAAUGUCUUACUGGAGAAAGUGAAUCAUCUAGUGAAGAUGAAUUUGAAAAAGAAAUGGAAGCUGAAUUAAAUUCCACCAUAAAAACAAUGGAGGACAAGUUAUCCUCUCUGGAAACAGGGUCUUCUUCAGGAACUGGAAAAGUUGGAACAGCUCUGACAAAGUACUACGAUGAUAUAUAUUUUGAUUCUGAUUCUGAGGAUGAAGACAAAACAGCACAGGUGACCAAGAAGAAAAAGAAGAAACGACACAGGAUUCCAACAAAUGAUGAAUUACUGUAUGAUCCUGAGAAAGAUAACAGAGAUCAGGCCUGGGUUGAUGCACAGAGAAGAGGCUACCAUGGUUUUGGAAUACAGAGGCCACAUCAACAACAACAGCCUGUUCCAAAUAGUGAUGCUGUCCUGAACUGCCCUGCCUGCAUGACCACACUAUGCCUUGAUUGCCAAAGGCAUGAAUCAUACAAAACUCAGUAUAGAGCAAUGUUUGUGAUGAAUUGUUCUGUCAACAAAGAGGAGGUUCUAAGAUACAAAACCCCAGAGAACAGGAAGAAAAGGCGAGGCCAUAAGAAGAUGAGGUCUAAUCGUGAAGAUGCUCCAGAGCAGGUAGAGGCAGAAGUGGAAGAAAUCUAUCACCCUGUCAUGUGCACCGAAUGUUCCACUGAAGUGGCAGUCUAUGACAAGGAUGAAGUCUUUCAUUUUUUCAACGUUUUAGCAAGUCAUUCUUAAAUAGCUAAGUUGGCAUUUAAUUGCCCAAUACAAUAUACAACGCAAAUAUGGACACUUACUUUCCCUGCUAAUUCCUCUCCAUUGACAUUCUGAGCGGUUAUUUGAGGAAGCAGUGUUUGUCUUUUUGAAAGAGAAUGGUUGUCAACCUGCAUCCCUCCACCUCCUUUAAAAAAAAUUUUCCCCCAGUUUUGAUGGGACUAAUUAUUCAUUUCCUUUUUGAUGGGCAUUUGGAAACCAUGGGGACUUUUUUACAUAUUAAAACUCUUUAGAAUUAAAAUGCUCUGGAGUUAUAAGUAAUGUUUCAGAGUGUUAUUUUUUAUUUUGGAUGUACCCUUGGUGUGAUUAAACUAGACACUAUUCCCCCCACCCCCACUUCUGUCUGUAUUGUUUUUGCUAAAAAGUAUAUUUACCUUCUAUCAUAGUAUGAAGUGACAUUGUUUAGCAACUGUUAGAGUUACAUGGAGUUAAUAUUGCCAGGUGCUUUGAGUAAUUAAUAUAGGUCUUUUCCUAAAAGGAUUGUAUAGUUAACAGUAAUCCAACCUUAGUGAAUUAACAUAGUAAAUAGAAAUUUAUGGUCAUGGGUUGCCUGGGUGGCUCAGUCAGUUAAGCAUCUGACUUCGGCUCUGGUCAUGAUCUCAUCGUUCCUGAGUUCGAGCUCUGUGCCGACAGCUCAGACCCUGGAGUCUGUUUCAGAUUCCGUGUCUCCCUCUCUGUUUCUGCUCCUCCCCCACUCGUGCUCUGUCUCUCUCUCUCUGUCUCGAAAAUAAAUAAACAUUUAAAAAAAUUAAAAAAAAAAUUAUGAUGAGGAAGAGCAAGCUCACCCUCCACCCUUGGACUUAAGAAUACAGUUGCUGCCUCUUAUGCCCACUAUUUGUUCUGGAAUUUCUGUGGCCAGCAGCCAAGAUACUGUUUUUUCUUUUUUGCUAUUAAUAUAAAAAUCAUUAGUGACAGGUUGGAGGAAAUUGCAUUGUAGGCAUCUGUGCUUUUGAAAAGAACGAUUGGACUUGUUCCAAAAACAUUAGGAAACUCAGGAUCCUCCUGUUAUUCUAGUAGAGAUAUGGUAGAGUGGAAUGAAGUCAGAAAAUAGGUAUUUAAAAAAUUUUUUUAAAAAAUAAUCUCUACCCUAGUGGGGCUUGAACCCACUACCCCAAGAUCAAAAGUCUCAUGCUCUACUGACUGAGCCAGCCAGGUGCCCCAGGAAAUACAUUGUAUGUAUGUAUGCACGUAUGUAAAAGAUUUUAUUUUAUUUAUUUUUUUAUUUUUUUAAAUUUUUUUUUUUCAACGUUUAUUUAUUUUUGGGACAGAGAGAGACAGAGCAUGAAUGGGGGAGGGGCAGAGAGAGAGGGAGACACAGAAUCGGAAACAGGCUCCAGGCUCUGAGCCAUCAGCCCAGAGCCCGACGCGGGGCUCGAACUCACGGACCGCGAGAUCGUGACCUGGCUGAAGUCGGACGCUUAACCGACUGCGCCACCCAGGCGCCCCAAAAGAUUUUAUUUUUAAGUAAUCUCCACACCCAACAUGGGGCUUGAACUCACAACCCCCAGAUCAGGGAUUACUUGCUGUACUGACUGAGUCAGCCAGGUACUUCAGGAAAUACAUUUUAAUUCAGGCUAUCACACUAAUCUUGGGCAAGUAUUUUCCUCUGAGUUCCAGUUUUCUCAUUUAUAAGAUGAAAAGAUUGCAUUAGAGCAGUGAUUCCCCACAGAGGUCAGGGCUCAGCAGAGCUUGAGGGGGACCUCUACAUACUCCCUCAGAAUGAUACAUCUCCAGAAGGGAGAACAUGUCCUUCCCACUGCCUUGCCUUCUGUGCUUUCUAAGGAGCACAGGAGAACUGGAACCAGUGACUGUAUGAUGUUCAUAUGAAUUGGGUGGAGGCAGAAAAAUGAUAAAGAAUUUGCUCCUAGGGAUUUCCAAUGUCUAAACAGCAUAUUUUAUAAUUUUUAUAAUAUGCUGAUGUCUAUCUGGUUGGAUAUCUGAUUGGAGAUAUAUAUGUAUAUAUAUAUAUGAUGUAUACAUACUUUUAAAUGUUUAAGCAUAUUGCCAGAUGAUCUGUUACAGAAUAAUACUACUAGUCUAAUUUAACCUUGUUUUUGCCAUAUUACAGCUUUGCAAGAUCUUUUUCCUACUUGCUGUCAUUGCAGACCCUACUUUCUUCCCACAUCCCACAACUACUGUUCCAUUGUACCCUCAUCUCCACUGCAAGGUUCUCAGUGGUCUUAUACAUAAAGAUCACCUGGGGCAGAUAUUUAAAAGGUGCUACCCAGAAUGUGACUCAGUGACAAAAAAUGAGGCAGGAAAUCACAAUAUAUAAAGAUGCAGUUUUUGGCAACAACAAAGGGGAGAGACAGAACUGUGUAAAGCAGACUUUUGUGUAUUAUUGAAGCUAAGUUUGAGCUAGUUUGUUAGAAAUUUAAGAUGGCAAUUGUAAUGCCCAGGGUAACCAUGAAUAUGUUGCAACAAGAAUACUUAAAGUGAUCUAAGAAUAGAGUAUAAUAUGUUUGAAUAUUAUGUUAUAAAAUUAUAAAACUGUA